CGCUACGGCGUUGUGCGCCGCUAUCGUCCGAUCCGGGAGAUCCGGGUCAAGGGUUUCCCCUAGAGCAGCCCAGGCGAAGAACGCAUACUGCAGAGACAAUGCCUUCAACAAGGUAACGACGAAACGCGUCACCAUCAUCCGCCAUCACCGAAGUCCGGGCCGGCUUUCACCGGCAGCUGCUCCUCACCAUCGGGAGCUAGGCGACGGAAGAUUGGCAAAUGCACAUUUCCUAAAAGCGUGGCUUUGUGCAUGGUUUUUUUCUAUCUUCACAUUUUCAAAUUCGAAAGCAUUCUGUCCUGAAUCAAGUUGGAGGAUCGCAGAUAGAACUGGAGUCGUAUGUCCGGUGGACUCAUCUGGUUUAAUUUACGGGCAGGUCUCUUCAUACAUUCGCAAACAAGCAUCCUCUGUCCAUAUAUAUAUAUAGAUUCAACCGCAAUUCGCCCUAGUUCUCUCUUUCUCUCUCCGAUCGCUUUGUUUCCUCCGGCGCGCGUGGCCCGCCUGACUAACGCCGCCGCACAUGACCCGUCGCGCCUCCGUCACGAUGGUGGAGCUGGAGUCGCAGGAGGCGGCGACGACCAUGAAGGUGGCCUCCGCGAAACACGUCACGGCCACCGUCGCGCUGCGUGUCGGGGCCGCCGCCACGUCGCUCGCCGCCGCCGUCCUCGUGGUGACCAACCGACAGCAACGCUGGGGCAUCGAGGUCAACUUCACCAUGUUCGACGUCUGGGUGGCGUUCGUGGCGACCAACUUCUUCUGCACCGCCUACUCGCUGCUCACGGCGGUCUUCGUCAAGAAGCUCAUCGACAAGGGCUGGCUGCACCCCGUGGAUCAGCUGGUGGUGAACCUGCAGACGGCGGCGACGGCGGGCGCAGGGGCAAUCGGGUCGGUGGCCAUGUGGGGUAACGACGCCAGCGGGUGGUACGCGGUGUGCCGCCUCUACCGGACGUACUGCAAUGUCGGCGCCGUCGCGCUGGCGCUCUCCUUGGCCGCCUUCCUCUGCCUCGGUGCCGCCUGCACACUCUCCCGCUACCCCAGGACGCCGGCCAGACACUGAAUUCGUCAGGAAAUCCAUUUGUUCUUUGUAUAAGAACAGCACCUUGAUUAGUCUAAGUUCUUUAUCGAUCUUGUAAAGUUUUCAGUCUUCUACUCCUCCGUUCACUAAUAUAAGAUGUUUUAGCA